AUGGUGCGGUUUCUAGUUUCGUUUGGACUAUUCUGUCUUGUCACCAAUAUCGUGCUCGCGUUAAUGGUUACACCUGACUCUCCAUGCAUGUCUUUGUGUAGUGAUGGUCAGGGCUCGGACAGUAUCGACGGAAGUGAAAUUGUCUGCCAAAACAAUGAUUUUACAACCACUACAGCUGGCCAAAAACUAAAGUCAUGUCUCUCUUGUCUACAGUUGAGUACUGCAGCUAGUAACGAUCAAGAUGAUCAACACUGCUUUAUAUAUAAUAUUCGGUAUACAUUAGCAUCAUGUUUAUAUGGAUUUUCCAAUGUUACUGAUGCCAUAGCCACACCAUGUUCUACCUCCAAAGCGUGUGGCCCGUUACAAAUAGCGAUUGAAGAUGGAAAUUUCAUUACCAGCAAUGAGACCGCUUAUGGCUAUUGUUCAGUCAACUAUAAUUCGAUCUUGAGUAGCAGCACUUCCGCGUGUAAAAGCUGUCUUCAAGCAGAUAACAUUCAAUCAUAUCUUUCGAAUUUCUUAAUAGCUCUCCAAGCAGGAUGUCACCAACAGCCACCAGAUGGAACAAUCAUCGGACUCAACGACUCUGUCUUUUCUCAACACAUCAUAACCGAAACGUCCCCUGGAAAAAGCUACAAUACCACUGUCUCCAGCAGCACCACCUCCAAAAAAGGCCUGUCCAAAAAUACUAUCAUCGGCAUCACCAUUGGUCUCGGCAUUCUCCUCCUCAUCACCAUAUUUAUAAUUUACAUUCUAUGGCGUAAAUCCAUCAGCCUAAAACGUCGACGCAAUGACCAUUCUUCUCUCGAUGAAAGAUAUGGCGCUCUCAACAUUACUGCACCAAAUGAAGGUGCAUUUGGAAAUCCACAGAGUCGAUUUAAAACUAUUACUCUAGCUGCUCCUCCACCCGCUAGGAAACGUAAGAACACGAAUACCACACCGCUAUUUAAUCUCUCAAAAUAUCACAGCGAUGAUGAAAGUUUUCAUCAACGCGAUACGACUGUGUUUCCUACUCAUCAAGCUUAUUAUCCUCCUUCUCAUCCACAUCCGCAUCCAAGAGCAGAAGAUAUGGUGCCAAUACUACCUAACGAUAAAUCUCCCUCGCCAUAUCCAUAUCCAUAUCCUUAUCCUCCUUCAUCAAAUGAGCACUCACCCAUUCCCAAUCCCGAAAGAUCUUUUUCGCCGCCAGCAUAUAAUCUAGCGCAGAGACUAGAUAGAAAAGAAGGUGCUACAUUUUACAACCGAGUCAAUGCUCAAAAUAAGAGGAUGAAUAGGAAUAUAGAUAGAGAUAGGGAUGUGGAUAUAAAUAGGGAUAUAACGACAAGUUACGCAAGAGCCGCUAUUGAUGGAACGCAAAGUAGUGGAAUUAGUGUUUCUUCUCUUUCUUACAAUGUGCCGGGUGAUGAAAUGAGGCUAGAUGGUGGUGCAAUGGAGAGGAGUAAAAUUCCUAGCGUGGGAGGAGAGAAUAGAGGGAUGAGGGAGAAGGAGAGAGAUAUAAACAGAGAGAGGGAAAGGGAAACGGAAAGGGAAAAGAAGAAAAAAAGAGCAGCGAAGAGGAUGCCGCUUAUUAAUGAUCACGACCAGGACCAAGAUCAGGAUCAAUGGCCUGGAGAAUUUUAA